UGAUUACUGGAGUUAAAAAAAUGCGUGAUAAGCGGGGAACUAGGGCUGUCUACCAGCGGCGAGGUGUCCACUGCAACUUCCGUCGCAGCCAAAGUGUGGGAGUCUAUGUGGUGUACUACAAUCGGCCCGGCCAACUCAUUUUAAUUGAUUCAUUUCUACAAUUCACUCGAGGCCAGUGGUUAGCACUAUAGUGCACUUCAAAAACGUAGCGCAUUUUGCGACUCAACGUGAGCGAUGCGUCGCAUUUUGCUCCUCGUUUGCAUCGUGGCCGCGCACGGUCAGCAGAGCGUGGUGCAACUUGAUGAUCAGGGUGUAGAUUUUCAGUUUCAAGAGCGAGUGCAGCAGCAGUCAGUCUUGUCAGCAAAAUCAAGGUUUUCUUCCCAGUUCACAAAUAUCGUCGAUUCUUUAACCUCCUUCAACCCAACACUAAACGCGCCUGGAAAAUGCGGAGAAUAUUCAAAGCUGGCCAAACAAGCGGCAGGAAAUUUAGAAUUGUGGGCGCUUCAGAUGUACGACUCAACUGGUCGGAUUCCUCCUUCUCUGUUGAACGGAAAUGUAAAUCAGUAUGGGGACUUUGACCAAUGUUUGCAAAUAAAACACAGGCUAGAGGAAUCGGAUGAGACAAUAAAAGGACAAUACGUGCUGGCAUUCCUUGACCUUCAGGUCGAGGAUAGAGUCACUGACCCACAACUGAAACACUUACUGACCCUAGCUCAUUCAUAUGAUGUUAUUCGCAGCAAUUUCUCUGAUCCAGGUCAUAGGAUUCCGCGGUACACCACAAUUAAUUGGGGACUUUGUGUACCCUCCAGCUGCAACGCGAAAGACGUUGAGGAGGGUCUCCGAGACACAUUGUCCGUGCUCGACUCGCUCCCAGAACUUAAAUUGGCGGUGCAUGUUGAUCCGAAAAUGCUCUACAAAGCAGAGCCCUUCAACCCUGAUAUCACAACUUUGGCUGUUAUUUGCCUGUUCGCAAGUCUCAUAUCCGCUGUCAUUGUGGCAUCUAUUCUAGAUCAAGCGGGGAAAAACUUCAAAAAACAAACCAAGUGGAAACGAGUGCUGUUGGCUUUCUCGCUACGUAAAACGUGGACCGAACUACUAAAUACAAAAAGCGCUGCGGACGAUAUCAGCCCCAUACAUGGUCUGCGCUUCUUGAAUGCAAUUGCACUUCUCCUUUGCCACAAGUCAAUGGCACUAUUCUUCUACCCAUACAUCAACAGGACAGCUUUAUCCCUGAGGCUAGCUGAUCCAUGGACAGUUAUAGGAAGAACGGCAAUACUCUACACUGAUUCGUUCGUCGUGUUCAGUGGCUUGCUGGUGGCAUACUCAUUCAUUAAGGAGCUAGACAAAAAAGGAAGUUUAGAUUUCGGGACGAAGCUCAAGUCUCGCUUUCUCAGGAUUUCUCCGAAUUUUGUUGCGAUCAUCCUUUUCUGCACCUACAUUCUUCAGCUAAUGGGAUCUGGACCUCAAUGGAAUCUGGUGGUUAAGCACUAUUCAGACAUCUGCAAAACGCACAUGUGGAAGAAUUUCCUAUUCAUUCACAACUACUUUGGCUUCGAAAACAUGUGCCUAACACACACUCAUCAAUUGGGCAUUGACAUGCAACUAUUCAUCAUAAGCCCCGCACUUGUAUACCUACUAUGGAAACGGCCUCGCACAGGCUCACUGAUCCUGAUCUUUAUUGCUGCCUUUUCGACUUGGCUAAGAUUUUCAGUGACCUUCAAUUAUGAGCUCUCAAGUAUUAUCUACUUUGGCAAUACGGUCAAGAAAAUGUUUGACACGUGCAACAAAUCCUAUAUCCUCCCAUCGCACCGUUUGACCGUUUAUAUAAUGGGCAUUUUAACCGGAUUUUAUUUACGAAGAAAUCCUAAUGGAAUACAAUUUAACACGGUUACAACUCUCCUGGCGUGGGCUUUUUUGGGGCUCAUCUGCAUUUACCCUUGGUUCAGUCCCUACAACAUGUCAAGCCAUGAUUACAAGUAUGACGCGAUGGAAGCGGCAAACUACGCUGCUUGGGCACCAGUAUUGUGGUCGCUCUUCAUAAUUUCACUCAUUUUCGUUUGCCACCAGAACAGAGGAGGAUUUAUCGGAAUCUUCAUGAGAUGGAAAGGAUUUCAAAUCUUCACAAAGAUAUCUUACGCAGUCUAUCUCACUCAAUUCCCCAUUUACUUUUACAACGUGGGAACAACCAAAUUUUCCGGCUAUUCUUCAGUUACACAUUUGUUUGUUCUCUCAGAGAUCCUGACUGUUCUUAUCUCAUCGAUCAUUUUGACUCUGUUGGUAGACUUGCCUUUUCAGGAGAUAAAGAAAAUACUGACCGAAAGUGAAACAGGCUUGAAGCUAAAGACAGAAUUAAAUGAUGACGUCCUCACAGCUGGAGGCAAGAGAUCGAUUUCAUUAACGGAGACAUCAGCAAGAGAAAGAGUGAUACAAAGAUCGCACACAAUGAACGGCUGAGAUUUUGUAUUGGUUAAUAAAAGAUAAUUUAACUAA